AACCAUAUUGUGUGCACUCUUGCUUGCGAUCAAUCCGGGUACGCACAGACUUCACAGGUGGUUACUUCCGCUACACGUCGCAACAAGAACAACAUCGACUGUGUAUAGACUACAGACAGACACACGGUGACCACACAACAUGUCUGCUAAUGGUAGAGGAAACAUGAGACCUCAGUCUCGCUCUCCACCAUUCCUUAUCACUGGUCUAGUGGUAGCGCUGGUUAUCCUGGGCGCGAACUACUGGAACAUGUCUUCGAACAACGCAUCUCUCUCUGCAGAAGUAGCCGACCUGCAAGACCAGAUACGAAUCUUAGCAUCGAAGAAGAACAACUACGAGCGGAAGAGCGACAACGCGAUGCUAAGGAUAAGGGACAUAGAGAAAAAUGUUAACUCUAAAGACCAAGAAGUGAAAAGCUUGAAGAUUGAACUGAAAGAGUUGGGGUCUGCGAAAGACGCAUGCACAAAUAAGCUGACACAGAAUGAAGAUAAUUUGAAUGGUUUACAGCAGGAAUUGGCCACAUAUAAAGAAAAGUUGGGAAAGUAUGAGUCUGAGGUCAAGAAGGAAGAAAAUAGCCCAGAUUGUGAUAAUAUAUGUAAAGAGAAGACGAGGGAGCUGUUUGCUCUGAUGGAGAAGUUGAACUACCACCAGGCCCUGCUAGGACUCAGUCAGAAUGGGGUCGAUAUUCUGGACUUCAAGGACAAGAUUGGGGCCAAGGAAGGUAGUCUGAACCAGACUGGUCUCUCUCAAGGUGGCCAACAAAAACAACAACAGCAAUCACAACAACAACAAAAAGAUCAACAACAACAAGGACCGAGCAUGGGAUCUGGCACUGUACAGCAACAACAACAACAACAACAACAGGGGCCGGGGGCCCAGCAGAGCCUCCAGAAACCAGCUGUUGGAUCUGGCACUGUACAGCCAGGUAGCCCUCAGACUAGCACCAAGAAGCCAGAGAGAUUGGCCACAGGGUCUAUUAUGGAUGUUAAGUUAGGCGGCGGUGGUAAACCUCCUGGGUCCCAAGUUGAUCAGGGUGGGGUCAGGCAGAAUAUAGGCAAAGGUUCAAACAUAAACAGUUCCACUCAGAGUCCAAAGGAUCAGAAAACACCAAAAGUUGAUGUCUCCAAUCAGGUGGAAGGGAAUAAGAAUCUAUCGGGUGUUAUAAUGUUUUCCUCAAAGAACAAAUCACAGAAUGUAGACUUCAAACCUAAAGAUGCUUUAGCUGAGGCAGGCGUGAAAAAUGUUCUUCCAUCUGCAAAAAUUAGAUUAAUGAAUACUGGAAGAGGUGUGGUGGAAAUGGAUGAGAAUAAAAGGAAUGAAAGUAUUGGGAAACAGGAAAAAGGGAAACAGGAAGAAGCCAAGAAAAGGAAGAAUGUUGGGACAGGGAAUAAGUAUGACGAUGUCGAAGAUGACGAUCAGUAUGUCGAUGAGAAAGACCCUAAAGGACAGCUAGACAGUCCCAAAAAGGAAGUCAAAGGCCAGGAAAAACCCAUGGAGGAUCCCGACGCUGAUUACCAAGAUGAAGAAGAUGAUCCAGCUCAGAAGUUAGAGAUUAAACACAGAAAAUUGGAAAAUAAGAUUGAUAGUCUUCAGGAAAACGGGAAUUAAAUUAUAGAGGAAAAAAGAAAAGAGUAAAGAGGGUCACAACAAAUCUGCUCAGUGGAUCAUCAGUAUCAACAAUGGGACAUGGAUAUGCAUGUAAAUGUACCUGUACAUGUAUAUAGAUUAAUUAAGAUGUACUUGAAUAUCAAGAUGGGGGAGGGGGGAGGAGGUUAGGCGCUGGUAAUUUUUAUACUUGACUAAAUUUUAGGAAGGGGUAGGGAUGUUAAGGUUACUUUAAUAAAACUUGGUAUAUGUAAUUCUAAAAAGGCAUGCUCUGAGAUUGGCAGAUCUUCUAAAAUCAUGACCAUUUUUAUGAGGGAAAAAAAAGCCAAUUACAGUAGAAUUUUGAUAUCCCGAACACUGAUAUUUAAUUUUUGAGUCCAAACUACUUAUUUUUUUAAGUAUUUUAUCCUGGAUAUCUCGAAGUUUUUAUAACAGUCCCAUCUAGUUUGAGAUAACAAAGUUUGUCUGUAUGUUCACAUCACAAAAUCUCAGAUCCAAAUUUCUUCUGCUCAUAAAUAUUGCCGAUGAGUUUGUCUGAAGAUGUUACACAGGUCAUAUACUUAUUUUUCUAGAUCAAUUAACCUGGGGAUUUAACAUUUUUAGCCACUAGCAUACUUAUAAUGAAGGUACAUUCCCCCUUGUGUUCAGUCAGCGGGGCUAAUGUGGAGUUUGCAAUGUCACUGAUGUGUGGUUAUAACUUUCAUGCCUCCUUUUACAUCAUCACCUCAGAGAUCUCAUUAUUUUAUCAUAUCCAUCAUUCUAAAGAAUGGUGUCAACUUUUUUUGUCAUCUACUUACAUGAAAUAGUAUUUAUAUAUUUUUUUUUACAAAUCAUAUUGCAUGCAAAGUAAGUGACUGUCUUUUUUAUGAGAUUAUGUAUGAUUAAAUGUCCUCAAAUUCAAAGGAUGUGAUAGAAAAAAAAAUUGUACAAAUACCUGUUCUGUUUUCUUGGCACAUGUACCAAGCUAUUGUCAAUUUAUAUCACGUACCCCAAUAGUACCAGCACUUCCUGGAACUUACAAUAAUGUGUGCAGUAAAAGAACUGAAUGAAUCCUCCAUAAUCAUUUCUUCGCCCUUUUCUUUUAUUAUAAGUUUCCAUUUCCUUUUUGUUACAUUCCAUUGUCAUUUAUUCAGGUAUUUUCCUUUUUUCUCCCUAUUCCAUGUGUGAUGAGGAUGCUUCAAGCAUAAUAUUUGUUUGGUACCGUACUUGUGUUGUACUGCUGUACAUGAAGGGUCUAUUUAUAGGUUUCGAGUUUAUCUAUUUAUAGGUGUCAUGUUCGAUUUUAGUCUAUUACUGUAGAUUCCUCUUAAUGCCAGGAGUUAUAUCCAUACGAGAUAGGAAGAAGCACCUGUUGCGGAUUUUGAAAUCUCACCAAUUUUGUGACAGAUAUAUGAAUUGAUAUGAAAUUAUGAUAAAACUGCUAUGAUUUUAAUUAAAUACCAAAUGCCAGUUUCUCAGAAAUUUGAACUGGCAUUAAUAUUAAAGGAACCUACAGUAUUAACAGGGACCAAGGCAUACAAUGGCCUACAUUACAUACAACAUUGUCAUGUUUUGUGUUACAAAAAUCCAACAAUUAUUUUACUUGUGCGUUUGUGAAAGUAAUAUGUUUGUUAUAUAAUUAUAUACAUUUGGAGUUUGCUUUUGUCGUUGUGUUGUUUUACACAAGAGGGAGUAUUCAUUGUACAAUUCAAAUUUGUAUGAUCAUCAGAGGGAGUAUUCAUUUUGGAUGAUCUUCAGAGGGAGUAUUCAUUUUGGAUGAUCUGCAGAGGGAGUAUUCAUUGCACUGUACAUACAUGUAUUUGGUGUUUGCGGGAGUGUUCAUUGUACUGUACACAUUUAGAUGAUCUAUUACAGGACAUUUGUUAUGUGGUUUUAUGAAAUCCAUAUUUUCUAUUGCAUUUGAAUACAUUUGUUAUUAGUAGCAUAGUUACGUCUUGUUUUUUUUUUUUUUUUUUUCUAUGAAGUUCUUGCAAGCUUUUGCACUUUUUCAAUGUUUAGUUGCUGACAAGGAUUAUCAAUGCAGGGCUACAUGUACACUAUACAUUGUAGUAAUUGUUGUUUUAUUCCUGCAGUACUGUGAUAAUCCAAUUGUUUAACGUAAGGUUAGGGGUUUUCUAUCAUCAUUACAUCCUCUGUGAUACAUGAUAUGCAUUUGUUGUUGUGAGGUCGUCCAACUUUAGGCCAUUCAUUGAACAAAUAUACAUGUGUCUAUAUUUUUUUAUGAUCAGAAAUUGUGUCCAUGUGUCUGUAAUCUAAAUACAUGCAAGUAGCAUUUUUCAACAACAAAAUUACAAAUUAAAUCAUCGAUGGGGACUGCAUUUGUUGUUGAGUAAAUCUCUAUUUAAUCUGUACAUACUUUUGUUUAAGCUUAACACAACACAAACAUUACAUGGCUUUUUUUUAUUUAUUAUCUUUUUUGUAUAGAAGUCUUUUUAUAGUUCUUUCUUUCAAGACAUGCAACUGUAUCACGGUUUUUGAUUAUUUGAAUAAACCAAUUUAUUAAUAGACCUUU